AUGUCUUCCACUUCACAGCCGAGUCCACAAGCUGCGCAACUUCCUCCACGCCUCUCCCAGCUCUGGUUUGCGGAGAAGCUCUCACGCAAGCAGGACGUAUUGACUUAUUCCCUGCUGACUCUCGCAACGGGACGUCUGCUCUAUAUCACCCAGGUGCAACGGCGUAGAUUGAAGGGCCCGAUGAAUGUAGUCGCCCCGCAACUUGUCGUCUGGGCCAUCUUCUGGCCUACCGCGCUUGUUUGCUUGAGGUCGGGCAUCAAGUGGGCAGACAAGAUGGUCGUCAGAUCAGGCCUUGACAGACCAGCCGAGGCGAAAAAACACGGCAAGACGGAGAAGGCAGAGAUCGACGGAGACGAGAGAAGAGAUGCGUGA